GGGAGCAGAGACAAUUUUAACUUAGCCAUCCCUAAUUUAUCUCAAGCUUUUUCAAUUCAUCUUCACUGCUCUGUGCACGCUGGAACACCAGAUUGCCAACCCCUGGGAACAGAAUGCAACCAGGGAUCUAGAGAGCUGUCACAUCCUGAGAAAUAUUUAAAUUGUGCUGAUUUUCUUCUGGAGUGCUGAGCAGAGGGAAUGAAACUCUCCAUCAAGUCAUAGCUUUGCGGGCAAUAGAUCAGAGGAUACUGCCAGUUUUUCUAAUGGAUUAUUGUUAUCGGGCAGGUUCUUCCUGAAGACUUUAUUUAGUGAAGCAGCUGUAGCUUGUGUUUCAUUGUGCAGCCUUGACACAGUAAUUCUUCUGACGACUGUUAGAUUCAUCAAGGUUAAAAGGGAUUUAUAUUGUGCAUUUGCUAAUCAGAUGCUGACCUAUGCUUUGAUGUGAUAACACUGCUACUGGACAGUGUGAAAGGUGACACUGCUGUAUGCCCUUCUUCACAUGAGACACCACUUGAAAUAUUUUGAUAAAAUGAGAUGCUUGCGGAAACGAUCGGCAGUAUCAUUCUUAGGAGUCCUUGUCAUUUGCUUGCUGUUCAUGAACUUAUAUAUUGAAGAUGGUUAUGUUUUGGAAGGGGACAAGCAAUUAAUCAGAGAAACAGCCACGCACCAGCUUAACCCAGAGCGCUAUGUUCACACUUUUAAAGAUUUGUCCAAUUUCUCAGGAUCUAUAAACAUUUCCUAUCGCUACCUAGCUGGCACGCCUUUGCCAAGGAAAAGGUAUCUUACAAUUGGGCUGUCCUCUGUGAAACGGAAAAAGGGAAAUUACUUGCUUGAGACUAUCAAGUCCAUAUUUGAGCAGUCAAGUUAUGAGGAACUUAAAGAAAUUGCAGUGGUAGUGCAGCUAGCGGAUUUUGAUUCAGCCUGGUGCGAAGGAAUGGUCCAGGAUAUUUCACAGAAAUUUGCUCAUCACAUAAUUGCGGGCAGAUUAAUAGUUAUUCACGUCCCUGAGGAGUACUAUCCAGUUCUGGAUGGCCUCAAGAGAAAUUACAAUGACCCAGAAGACCGGGUGAAGUUUCGAUCCAAACAAAAUGUAGAUUAUGCUUUCCUGCUUAACUUUUGUGCUAAUCUUUCUGACUAUUAUGUGAUGUUAGAAGACGAUGUUCGCUGCUCAAAGAACUUUUUGACUGCUGUUAAGAAAGUAAUUACCUCACGAGAAGGAUCCUAUUGGGUGACUUUGGAAUUCUCCAAAUUGGGGUAUAUUGGAAAGCUUUACCAUUCCCAUGACCUCCCACGCUUGGCCCAUUUUUUGUUGAUGUUUUACCAAGAAAUGCCUUGUGAUUGGCUCCUGAUCCACUUUCGUGGGCUGCUAGCUCAAAAGGAAGUGAUACGUUUUAAGCCAUCUCUGUUUCAGCACAUGGGGUACUACUCAUCUUACAAAGGAGCUGAAAACAAGCUAAAGGACGAUGAUUUUGAAGAGGAAUCAUUUGAUAUCCCUGAUAACCCACCUGCAAAUCUGCAAACCAACAUGAAUGUAUUUGAAAACUAUGAGGCAAGCAAGGCUUACAGCAGCAUUGAUGAGUACUUCUGGGGCAAAGCUCCUUCUACUGGAGACUUCUAUGGGAUUGUAUUUGAAAAGCCCAUUAAAAUCAGUAAAAUUAAAGUUGUCACUGGAACUGAAGACCGGCAAAAUGACAUUUUGCAUCAUGGGGCCUUGGAAGUGGGGGAAAAGAUUGUAGGGAGUAAAAAAGGGAGGCAAUGUACUACUUACCUGAGACUAGGGGAAUUCAGAAAUGGAAACUUUGAAAUAACAGAUGUAGAGCACAAAGUUCUGUUUGAUAUUAACUGCAUGAGAAUACUUGUUACCAAAAGUCAAAAAGAAUGGCUGAUCAUUAGGAGCAUUAGCAUUUGGACUUCUCAAACACCAAAUCAGUAAAGCAAAGCCACCUGAGGAGGUAUAGAAUGAGUAUGAUCACCCGGUUCCCAGUUGGUGCCAUUCCUCAGAAAAACUGACUGACUUCCAGGUCUUUACUGAGGACGCAGAAAUUCUGAGGAAAUCAUAAAACAAACAAAGCAAUUUAUUUUUUACUAGACUGGUCAGGCAAUAUACAAACACUCAUUUGUUGAAAAGUUUGAAUUUUAUAGGAAAUGCAAAGUUCUCAAACCUCUCUUGAGAUCUUGAACCCCUUUUUUAUUAUCAUUGCUCUUUUAGGGAGAUCUGCUGGACAAAACAAAACAAAAUAAAACAUCCUUAUCAUUACCAAAAGGUUUAAAGCUAUGACUGGUAUGUUGUGAAAAGAAAGUGGAUUCCAGCUUAUGCACACAUAAAUGUAAAACUUUAUGCAUUUGUACAGUGGUUGGUGAUGUGUUUCUCUUAAAGGCAGUUGUGAUAAGGAAGUUCAUCCUGAAACUGGCAGUUAUAUUCGGAACACUAUAAGAAAAUAGUGUGGCUAAUCAUUGCAUCUUCUUUUCAAAAGGGAAUGUAUGUAAAAUUAUAAAUCUGACAUGACAACUAUGUAAAAAAUAGAUAAUUGUAUCUAUUAUUCUGUCUCAACAAAUAUGCUUUACUUCUCUUCCUGAGUGUUUUCUCUGAAGUGAGGCACUACUUGGAUUCAGUGUUACUUAGGGGCCCAAUUUACUCUCCUUGUUCAGACAAAAUGCCUCAUAGUAAGCAAGCAUUCUGCUUGAAUAUGGAUGUCACUAUCAAAUCCAGGCAUGUCAAGGACAACACUGUUCUCUUAGAUGCACAUCUUAACAGAUCUCAGCUUCAACAUUUUCAGUUCUCCCAACAUAUACAGAACUCCCCGUGAGAAAUAGCCAAACAGCUGAAUACUUCAGCAUACUUUUCGGAGUACCAUUAUUCCUUCUGUAUUUUAUGUCCAAUCCAUAAAUGAUACAAGUGCAAAGUGUACCAGGUUAAGCAAUUGGAAAUGAAGGUAAUCAUCACUCUUUCCUGGCUGAUCUCUGGGCAACAGCGCUGUGAAAAAUCUUCCCCAUAGUAUGCAAAAUGUAAAAUCUUGAUUUAAUGAAAAUUCGAUGUUUCUGAAUUAGUUGUAAUUUCUUCCAUAGUUUUCUAGUUCUGAUCAUGUUAAUUUCAUAUUAACAUUUUUCCAUUUUUCCACUGCCUCUGGUUAUUUUCUGUAAGUUUAUUUUGCCUGGCUUGAGCCAAUAAGCUGAAAAGUUCCCUUAGUCCUAAUGAUUUCCGUGUCAGCUCUGAGCUUUUAGUGUAUCACAGAGGGAGGUUAUAUAGCUAUAUGAUUUAUAUUAUACACAUACAUUUGGGUUAGCAUAAUCUAUAACAUUUUUUUCUUUAAGAAAUCCUCCAGACUCUUUCAGUAGAUACUGCGAAAUCCAUAAGUGUCGUGUGACACAGAUGAACAUAUUACUGAUCUCAUGAAUACUGUGGUUAUCACCUAAUUGCAUGUAUGGGUUUUAGUUAAACCUGGAGGCAAGCAUUAAAUUUCAAGAAUGCCUGCACUGACCAAGAGUGAACUAAGUACUGUGCUCUGUACACCCAAACCUGAUGUGGCUAUUUCACAAGGGUAAAUUUUUCAAAAGUCUACACAAAACAGCAGUCUAAUUGCUUUUCCUGACUCAUAAAUCCUGCUAAAUUCAGAUCGAGGUUUGGCAAAUCCCGCUAUACAGAGGUAGCAUACAUUUUAAAAUAAAUCUUCUAGUAAAUGCUUCCACGAAAUUCAAAAAAGUAUCCUCUUCUGAAGGAAGAGUCUUUGUUUCUUUGUUCCUUAAUACCCCUCUUAAUCUCUAAUUUUGGUAAAGAUAAGAUAUCUUAAAAGGAAUGUAGAUGUUCAAGCUGAAAAGAAAUAUAUUGCUUUUUUAAUGAAAAGUAUAGGCUAAAAUGGCUAUAAAUACAUAUGAACGAUAUGCUCGUUAAGAGCAACCAGUUAGGUGAUAGUUAUUCAUUAGUCAACACUACUUUUUAAAUGAACUGCCAUUCUUUUUUUAUUUUUCCUUUGCUUGAUCAUUAACUGUUAGUGUGAAAGCAAAUAUAACUAAGAAUAUAGAAAUUACCUUUCUUUUUAUUCAAAAAAGCAGCGUUUCCAAACCUGUCUUCUGACUUGACAUGGAAGAUAUACACUAUCCCAAGGCUUAAAAUGUUCAUAUAAUCAAAACCAUACACAGCAUGAAUGGUUAGAACAAAUUAAGCGCUCUCAACAUAAGCCUGAAAUAAUUUAAAUGGUAUUUUUGAACUGUAAAUAAAAAAAAUCAGUUCAGCUGUGCAAAGACAUUUCUCACUAAUGAAAUAUGUUUUUGCUGUGUUUAUAGUAAACAAGCUAAUUUGCAAUUAUGUUCUACAUAACAGUCCUUCAGAAGGGAAAUUUCAGACUGGAAUCUAGACACUGGCAUUCAGACUUGCUGUUCGCAGCUGGGAGGAGCUCAAUGCGUCAGCUGAGCAGGGAGCUGCUUGGUGCAGCCCCUUGGACAUGUCGAGUCCCAGGACACAGGAGACUGAACUCCUGUGAUUAUGACCUAUAGUCCUCUGCUGAAUGCAGCAAGACUCAAAUUGCCUACAACCAAUUCCUCUCAGAGCUGAAUGCAACUGCUUUACCUUUGAAAACAGCAGUAGUAGGCAGUCCCAUCUGCUGUACCAGCUUAGAAGUGAAUGUUCUUGUAUGGUUUCAGGCUGUUUCCAGUCUGAGAGGGUCAAACUCACAAACGCCACGAGUAUGCCCUCAAAGUUAGCUUUUCAUGAGUGGAUGCCAGAAUGUGCUGGGAAUGAGAGACACUCGCUACUCAUGUUUUUGAAUUUGAGCUGGUUUGCAAAAAAAUUGUUAAAGAAAAAGAAGCCAGAAUGUGGUUCUGUAGUCUGGUAGUUUGAGUACUCACCCAACUGUUCAGAUUCCAGUUCCCACUCCACUGAAUAUAUAUUUUGUCCAAGUCAUCCUUAUGAAAAUGGAUGCCAAAUUUUGUAAAAUAGAAAAAAAAUAAUGCCAUAAGUUAAUGGUAACUGUUUUUCAGACAAAUUUCAGAAAAAGAUCAAAGAAGAUGAUAGCUUCUUACUAUGUGUUGGUAAAAGUGACCAUCCUUCAGAAUGGGGAAUAUUUAAUCAGAAGUGUCUAUGUUCACUGAUACUUCCCAAUACUUUUGGAGUUUCUUUUUUAAUAACACUACCGAUGAAGAAAAGACUGGCAGCAUCACAAAAAUCUACCUGUUCACUAGUGUACAGUUGUUUCUGUUUCUAUUAGUAUGUAUUUGUUGUGUUCAUUUGCGGAGUGAACGUGAAUAUUUUCAUACUGAAAUUCCAAUAUGGAACCAUUUAAAAGCAUUAUACUGUGGUCUGAACACUCAUGGAUCUAUUCUUUGCUGAAUAGGCGUAUAUAGUUCCUAUUGGCACUGUUUGGAAGUCCUUACUGUACAAUGUCCCUGGGCUUUUUUUCUUUUUUUUCUUUUAACUGAAAGCCAGUUUUUCUUCUAUCUUUCUUCAUAUAGUGUAAUCCCUUUGACUUUGAGACCUCUUGGGAAGUAAAAUAUUACUCACUGUGAGUUAAAAGAAGAAGAACUGAGCCCUUAAUUUAGUGCAGGAUACUUUACAAACCCAAAAGAUUGUAGCUGUCAGGCAACACAAUUUUAUCAUAUCUUCUUUGUACUAUAUUUACCAUGAUGAAGAGAAUUUGCUAAGGUGCUAUAUGAAUGUAUUGUGUUUACAUCAAUGUAUUCUAACAUGAUACUGUUUUACUAUCUGCUCAGUAUUUUCUUGUUAGGCAUUAAUGUUUUUGCUUUUUUUAAGAAAAAUUGGGAUCCUGUUCUUUAUUGAAUUAUUAAAAGAGAAAUAAACAGCAAAUUGUAACAAUUUAGAAAAUAUUUCAUCUUGGAAAACCAUGAAAGAAAACAAAACAUGGCAAGGAUCCUCCAAAUUGGAGAUGCAACUGGUUUUCAUUGUGAAGCAUUUCAGAGAUUCUGAUGGAAAUGAUAUUACUUACUGCUUUCAUCUCAGGUUAACGUUGCAGUUUUAUGUUAAGCAAUAAUUUGAUAAGUGUUAAAUUAUCAAUACUAAUACAGAUCAUGUAAUAUGAGCUGAAGAAAAGUGCUACAUCCUCAAAUGGCACAAUAUAACAGUUUCCAA